AGUGACGGCGGUGCGGCAGCUACGCCUCCGAGCCCAGCGCGCUGCCGUGUAGACGGCGAGCACCGCCAGGAGCGCUGCCGUCAGCGCGCCGGCCGCGGGCAGCAGACAAGCCAGCCAGGGGGCAGGAGUGUCGGGCGGCGGCCUGCUGGUCCUGUGGCAGCACGGCUGCGGCAGACCUCAGCAUUGGCCUUACGGCAGUUUUACUAUUGCUGAGCAAGCUGAACGUGGUGUGAAUGGCGUGUAAAGAAGAGCCGAAGGAACAGCGCACUCUAUCUCGUCACUUGUCGGAGCGAGUCGUCCCGAGUUCAACAGCUGAGGCCGCUGCUGGCCCGAGCCGCCGGAACCGACGAGAGAGAACCAGGGUCGGCGAGCCCAGAAGGAGCCUGGUGAGCCCACAAUUACUACCGCUGGAGCCAGAUGAGGCCAUGUACACGCACACAGAGAUGGUGUUGGUGCGGCGCAUGCCCCGCGAUGGCGACUCACUCUUCGCUGCGCUUGCGUUGCAGCUGGAGGGUGUCUCUAUCGGGUCCAGAGCACAUGCGCACUUAACCACCUCUGUGCGCCACCAGACCACCUUCCACAUGAAGAGGAACCAGGAGCAGUUCUUCAAGCCGCUGUUGCGGGCAGUAUGUGUGUACGGGAAUCGGUACAUCUACGCGACCACCGACGAGGAGAGGGUGCUGAAGUACGUGCAGGACCUGGCGAACCCUGGCUUCCCGGCAGGACCGGAGGUGAUCCCGGCGGUGUCGUACGUGUACGACGUGGAUGUGUCGGUGUACCAGGAGGCGGGGAUCACUUACCUGGUGUCCGCAUCCCCGCAGCCGCACCUCAAGGCCGCCAUCGCGCACCGUGUUGUCUGGGAGGGAGAGGGUCGGCUCAAAGACUACUUUGAUGUGGUCGUCAGUGUAUACCCCAAGAGGUACCCGGUGCCGCAUGGUCUUAGGGUCGCGACUUGAUAAAGAAACCAGUGUUAGCCUCGUCUCUUUAAAUGUUAAUGCCUAUAGAUAUCUUAUAAAUUUAUUGAAAUUUCAGAAUAAUAAGUGUAAACAGUUUAUUUACAUCAUUGAACAAACAUUUGUUUCGUUGGUUGAUGCAGCACCUAUUUGAUGUCUUUUUGCUGUCCCAUGCUGAAAGAUCCAUUUCAAGUUUAUUAAAAUUGCAAUCCAUAGUUAUUAAUACAUAUGUACUAAUAAACUAAAUCACGUUUUA